AUGCAAAGUCUAUGUGAUGAAGAUGCCAAGAAUAUUCUCCAAUUCAAACAGUUAGUGGGCGAACUUUCAAAUGAGAUUGGCUUAAUUCCAUCGGUGAAGCUUGCGAAACUGAGGUCAAUCGUAUCAGAAUUAUGUUUAUCUAAAGUUGAUAGUAACCUCAAAAAAAUGGUAGACUUACUAUUUAACAUGGUUUUGGAGGCUCUAAACAAUUCUUUCAAGGAAUAUAUUCGUCUAUCCAAAAGUGAACAACAGUCAGCUAGUGACAUUUAUUUCCAACUAGUUGAUCAUAUUUAUUAUGUUUCGACUGGAUUGUGCCCUCUAGUCUAUCAGGUCAAAAGUCGGGAAUGGUUUAUAACGGCUUUGAGGGAAUGUAUCAUAUCAUUUGAACCUACCGAAGAUAAGCUGAAUUUGAAUUUACUGUAUAAGGAGUUAUAUCAAAACUACGUCAACGACAAUUCUUCUAAAAGCUUUUGGAAAUUUAAAACAAUUAAAGAGUUAAUAGAACAAAUAAUUUCAGAUGAUAUGAACAAUGGAAAUUUUAAAUCUUACCCUAUAUUGGAGGACCUUAUACGGUAUUGCAGUAGUUUCUUUGAGAAAUACCUUCGAAGUGUCAAGUCAUCCAAGAAAGGUAAUUUUUUCGACAUUUUAAAAAUAUGGCGAAGAACUCUGCAAGUUAUGGAAUUAUUUGGGGAUGCUGUGGAGGAUGAGGUGAGGAAAAAAAACUUGAAAUUAAUUAUAACUGAUUUAGAAUUUAUGUUUGACAGCCUCAGAGGUGUGAGGCUUCAAAAUAAUUUCCUUGACAUUGUUUCUUUGAACGUUUCCAAACUCAGCUUGCAAGCAAAUUAUGAAAAAAUAUUUCUCAGAGAAAGAAGGAUAAAGUAUGAUGAGGAUGAUUUGAAUAAUUUUGUUGAUCAGGUGUAUCUGACAGAUAGUCUUCUAGAACCACAAACUACUGAACUCAUGAGAUCUUUGAAGACUAAAUUGCGAAAUCAGUUCAAAGCCGAAAUCAAAGAUAUUGACAAAUACCAUUUACAUUUGUCAAGAUUCCUACAAAGGCUGUUAAAGCCUUUUUCGUAUCCUGAUAAUCAAAAAACACGACUCCUUCACUGUGAUAGAAGAACUGAAACAAUCAUUCCAAUUCUUCUUUUUUAUACCCCGGAACUAGGGCCAUUUAUAGAAAAGCAUUAUUUCCCAAUGCUAAUGCGUCGUUUGCUGAUAGCUAAUACUAGCUUCCUAGAUUCUUUCAAUCAUCCUUCUAAUUUUGAAAGUAUAUUAUGUAAUAACCUUCCCCCUGAUUUACAAAGAAAGAUGAGGCAUAUUUUAAAUGUCAUCUCGGCUGAAAUAGAGGCAUCAAAUAACGUUCCUAGAAAUGGCCAAAUGAUUACUUCAACUUUUUUUUUUAACCAACGUUUAUUCGAUUUCGAGCUGCCUUGUAGUGCGCCCAUUUGGAUUAACUCAGACCUGAAAAAACAAUGGAACUACAAAAUAGAAAAACUAAAAACAGAGGGUAAGAUACUUCGUAAUACAGGUUUGCAUUUUAUAGAAAUGGGUAGUCCUUUUCUAGAUGAGCGAGGACGGGAAAUUACCAUCAAACUUAGCCAUAGCGCAGCUGCAGUUUUAAAUGUUUUUAACGACAUAGAAGAAAUCACAAUUCCAGAUUUACUAAACCGAUUGGAUGUAACGAAAGGUCAGAAGACAAAUUUUAAUAAAUCACUGGAAGCUUUGAUAGGAAGCGGACUUCUGUUGCGUAAUGGUAAUAAAAUCACUUACAAUAAAGACUAUAUUCCUAAUGAUCUUGUAAAAAAGACAGGUAUUUUGAAACUUUAA